AUGCUAAGCUUCAACACCUCCCUCCAGUGGCCAGCCAUCAUGAACCCGGCUAUCUUGAUUCUCUGCCUGGCCAUUUGGCUGGUACGAAAGAUUACUCGCCGUCGAGACUUCUACAAAGACCUGCCCAAACCACCGCACUCAUGGUUCUUUGGCCAUCUCGCCCUUUUCCAACGCAUCGUCAAGUCAUUACCUGAUAACGCACACCCGCAUGCCAUUGUGCUCAAGAUCCAACAGAGAUACAAACUCCCUGGAGUCUUCUAUCUCGACAAUUUCCCGCUGUUCGCUCCGAUGAUCAUCAUCUCCGAUCCUACCGUCGCAACCAAACUCACCAAUGCAGAGAACCUCCCGCGCCAUUCCGUCGUUCAAGAUGUGAUGGGAGAACUGGUCGGACAGCACAGCGUGUUCUGGAGCAGUGGACCUGAGUGGAAAGAACUACGGUCAAUUCUGACACCUGGCUUUUCCACCACCUUUCUCCUGGGUCGGGUCCCUCGCAUGCUGGAACACAUGCUCAUAUUUGAGGACAUCAUGGUCAAGAUGUCCGAGUCUGGGGAGUCGUUCCCGAUCCUGGGAAAGCUGAUCUCACUCACCAUCGAUGUGAUUGGAGAUUUGAUGCUGGACACCCAGCUGGCCGCCCAAAGUGAACGUGGAUUCGACCCGAUUGUCAAAGAGUUCCGCGCAGCUAUGAAGUAUACCUGGAAGGGUCUCAACUUCUUGGAGAAAUAUAUCAACUUGCCCAGUCUACGCUAUCACUCCCACAAAUUAAACAAGCUGCUGGCUGAUGCAAUCGUACAUCGUUACGAAACCCGAGCUUUCGAAGCAGACGAGACCAGGGCUGGCGUCGAUCUCUUUCUGAGCAAAUACUCUCAGUCCCGAGUAGUCGGGACAGAGGCCGUAUUAGACCCGUCCUUUUUGGAACAAUGCGUGCACAAUACAAAGGGGAUGCUGAUCGCUGGACACGAUACGACCGCUGGAACUAUCGCGUACUGCCUUUUGGAAUUGUUGAAACACCCAGAGAUCCUCGAGCGAGUCCGCGCUGAGCAUGAUGAACUGUUGGAUCCCAGCCGGGAGACGACGAUUCAGAUCUUACGCGAACAGCCACAGAGGCUACACCAGCUCCCUCUGACUACAGCGGUUAUCAAGGAGACUCUGAGACUCUACAGCCCUGCUUCAACGAUCCGUGUAGCCGGUGACGAGUGA